AUGAUCGCCCGUACGACCUUAAAGCGAUCGCUUGGCGUAUUUUCUGCUGCCCGCUCAGCCAACGUCGUCCCUUCUCUUAGCCAGACGCGUAUGUACCACGAGAAUGUGAUUGACCAUUAUGAGAACCCGCGUAAUGUUGGCGCCAUGGAUAAGAAUGCAAAGGACGUGGGUACAGGUCUCGUAGGAGCCCCCGCCUGUGGUGACGUGAUGAAGCUACAGAUUCAAGUGGAUGAGAAUGGAACAAUUGUAGACUCCAAGUUUAAGACGUUCGGUUGUGGUUCUGCCAUCGCGUCGUCAUCGGUGGCUACUGAGUGGCUCAAGGGCAAGACCGUUGAGGACUGUCUUAAGAUUAAGAACACGGAUAUUGCGUCUCAUUUGAAGCUACCACCUGUCAAACUGCAUUGUAGUAUGCUAGCAGAGGACGCUAUCAAGGCUGCUAUCUUGGACUACAAGAACAAACAAGGGUAA